AUGAGAUUAUCAUUCAAAAGGAUAGUGUUUUUAGCACUUAUACUCAUAUCGCUACUGAUUAGUAUCCUACUAUUGCAAUCAUCCACCAAACUCAAACAGCGAUGGGACUUGGUUUGGGAUACUGAGAGAUUCGAUCUAGAUUCAUACAAGGCGCAUAAUCUCAAAAUAAGGCAAGACUUCCAUUAUACAAAGUACUUGUACCUGGGUUACGACAACUUCACCAAAGCAUUUGCCAAUGAUUUGGAUCGUAUAAGGCAAGCGCCAUUAAAUGACAAAUGCAAAGUAUUUUUCAAUCAAUUUCAACAACAAAACCCUAAAUGGAAACUAACGACGCAUAACUCGGCUGCUGGCAGAUUUGACAAAUCCUCUGAUAAAAAGCAGUCGUUUUUCAAAGAGCAGCAAAGGAAAUUAGAAGAGAUUUUCAAAAAGCAACAUCGAGAUUCACAGGACAAAUUUGUCUUGACUAGAGAAGACAAUAAAACGAUUCUGCAGGAGUUUGAUGCAAAUGUCGCUAGAUCGAAAGCGGUUAUGCAUGAAAUGGCAGAUGUCACUACCCAGUUGCGAGUGUUUGGCAAGUGCUUUAUUGGUCAAGAGUUGAAUGAAGACCAACAGGAAACAUUUAAUGAUUUGAGCUCUAAAUUUUUCCCCUUUUUGACCACUAAGCUCCCGUUGUUCAAAGUUCCUGGUGAAGAUAGGUCUACUGGAUGGCCAGUUGUCAACGAAGAUGGAUCUACUGAAUACAAGACCGAUGUGGAUAAAGGAAACUAUAUUGAUUUUGUGCAUAAGCACUCCAGAGGUAAAGGAAUUGUCAUUUCUGCAGCAACGAGACAUGCAAAGGAUAUCAUGAAGUUGAUCAAGAUAUUACGGGCUUUAAACAAUGAGCUUCCGAUACAAAUUAUGCAUAAGGGAGAUAUAACUAAACGAUCACUUGAAUGGAUGGAAUCUGCAGCUACUGUUGACGUGAAAGAAUUGUUGAACCCCACCAUGGAUGCGAAUGAUGAUGCAUACAUGCCAGAGUUGAAAUUACUAGAAAGUUAUAAAGAUUACGGGUCUCAUUUCCCCAAACAAAACCUUCAGUUUGUCAAUAUUGCUCCUUGUAUCGCUCGACAAUACAAGUAUCAUUUUCCUGGCUAUACAAACAAAAUCUUGGCGGUUUUUUUUUCGACAUUUGAUGAUGUGUUGUUGCUUGAUGCUGAUACUGUUCCUUUGGUGCCACCAAAUGAAUUUUUUGAAUCUGAACAAUAUAGACGAUCGGGUACUUUUUAUUUCCAAGAUCGUUCAUUACGAGACACCAACGAUUUCAUUGAAACUAAUUUCUUCACCAAUUUGUUUCCAGCUAAUGAAAGAUCCAUCGAUACGUUAUUUGAUAUACCUCGCAUAACUGAAAAGACCUUGAAUAACAAGUACAUGACUGGAUGGAGGCAUUAUCAAGAAGCAGGCGUUGUAGCGUUUAAAAAGACCCAGCAUUAUGUUGGUUUGCUUAUGAUGUUUCCCUUACUGCUUUGGACAGAGCCGGUACAAUCGUCAAUUUGGGGCGAUAAGGAAUUAUAUUGGUUGGCAUUAUCAACAGCUGGUGAUGAAAAUUACGAGUUUAACCCCGUGGCUGGUGCAUCCAUUGGUGAAAAGACUGUGCUUCUGAAUCGCAAAUUUUACCCCAAUUCACCUAGUAAUGAAGUAUGUUCAACUCACCCGGGGCAUGUGAACAAAGAUGGUAAAUUACUCUGGAUCAAUUCAGGGUUUGGCUAUUGCAAGAAGAAUGGAUCAUUUAGAGAUCGAAUCAAGUUCCCAUUAUCGACAUUUUCCAAGGAUGAAUUACAUCAAUUGUUUAAUUCACCAUUGCAGAUUCGUGCUGCGAUUGUCCCGCCUGAUUUACCAAAGUUUAGACAACCGGGCAGUCCGGUGGAUGGAGAAGUGGAGGAGGAGAAAUUUAAAAAAUCAUGGAAGUUUAGAAAUAAGGAUAUUGAUGAAAUCAAUGAGAAUUUACCCUAUGGUGCUCAACGAACUGAGUUUAUUACUGAAUGGGGCCCGCAAAAGGGGUGGGUUAAAAACUCUAUAUGUUUUGGGUAUUAUUAUUGUGCUUAUGAUAAGGUGCAGAGUUAUUCACCAGAAAAAGAGUUUGAUGAGGGUCAAUUGUUUGAGUUUGAUGAAGAAAGUGUUCGCAUGUAUAAUUAUUUGAGUAAAGUUUGGAACUCGGCUGGGUUGAAAAAGCCAGGGACAUCAAAGCUGAACUGA